AUGGAGGAGGAGGAGGAGGAGGAGGAGGAGGAGGAGGAAGAGGAGGAGGAAGAGAACAACCAGCUUGCCUUUGCCGUCGUAUCCAGCAAUGAUUGUGGUGACCUAAAAACUAAAGUGUUCAGAAAAGCGACAAAUACGAUGCAAGUACCGAACUUCAACAGAAACCAGCCAGUCAGCCACAAACGCAGUUAUGUAAGGGCGCUCUAGCGGCGUGUCGAACCGCACUGCAGUGAGCCGGAAGACAAGAUUGCCGAACAACAAUACCGCCGACGGGUCUGCAAAACCAAUGGCUACCCGCGCAACUUCGUCAACCGGUGCAUACGCAAAAGGGACGGGGGGCCUAACCGCAAGGUCACCAAAUUUUGGAGAGCGCUUCCAUAUGCCAAGAAUGUUUCGGAGGCCGUCGGCCGCCUAGUCGCACCACUUGGGGUUGGAGUUGCACACAGGCCGGAGGCAACCACCAGGCGUCAGGUUAUGAACCCAAAAGACCCGCUGCCAUGGCAAGAAACUUCCGGAGUCGUUUAUCGGAUCUGGUGCAGUUGCGGACAAAGCAGCUACGUUGGAGGAACCGGAAGACAACUCCGAACGCGAAUGGCCGAGCACGCUGCAGUGGUGCGAAGAAAUGGCGCCGGCUUUCAAGUUGUGGCUCAUUCGACGAGAUCCUACAACACAUUCAAAUUUGACGAGGCCGAAAUUCUCGCUUGGGGGUGACAACCACGUUAGCCGGUUGUUGCAUGAGUCAUGGUUUACUAGCCCUCAGUUCAUUAACAAGUGCAAUGAACUUCUCUUCCAUACUCACUGCUGAGACUUCGCCUAGGCAGAGUAAUUAGCCACGCGGGAAGCGCUCAGGUGAACACUGCUCUCAACGCCAGGGUCGGUGGAUCAGAUGGUCGGGCAACCAUCACACCAACAUCCAACGCACUUGAUGCAAUUGCACCAAUUAACGACGCGAAUGUCAGCCAUCAACCAGCCAGCUCACUAAGUGCAAUGAUCACUGGUGAGGGGGGUGGGAGUGCCACGGUGGCAUGGCGGCUGCAUCCCAUAAAUUCUGCAGUCCCUUGUGCAUGAACCACCCGCAUCUGCGUUUGUCUCUGAUGAUGGGUUCGACCAGGAAUGCGAAACGCCAGGCUAAUAAAGCUCUUGUACCAGCGGUGUGUCUCCUUCUUUACGACUGAUUCCUGGGACUCCUCUUUUGGCUUUUAUUGGCAAGAUCGUAUGUAUUGCUCAUAGCUUUAUCAGCCACUGUGUCGAGGCCCGUUUCCGUUCGUCUAUCCGUAGGACCUGUAGCAGCCGUUCCAGCCCCCCUUUUCUCCGGCUCCGUUUUGUCGGUCGAUGGCCGCGACAAGCACUGACAGGCAGCUGACACACGACCACCCACACCGGCUAGAACUGGGACCCCUCCUGUCCAGCUGCAGUGACUCCCGGCUGCCCUCACAACUAGUAUCACCUCACGCGCGUCGGACACUCUGGCUUGAUACCCGUGAGGCCUUGUGAGUAUGCGCCCUCCAUUCCUCCCCUAAUUUGUCUAAUCACACGACCACCACUCAGACCGUCACCGCCUCCUGCUGACCCAGACACUCACACCCGCGUAAACAACACACACCGCGACUGACGCUCUCCGUGAACGGACGCUUUUCUCUGUUGCAAGCAAACAGCCAACUUACGGCAACCUGCCCUGUGUACAGAAUAAACUAGUCCUUACAGCUCCCUGACUUCUGACAGUAGACGAAACGAAAUUAUUGUGCGUGGUUUAAGUUGGUCUCACAUCCUUGACCGCCACAGGCCUAGGGGACUGAGGGAGAAGUGCGUGCACCGGAUACUGUGCAAGUCUGUUAUUAUAAUGACAGGCGUCCACCCCUCUGUCGAAUACGCAGUGGACGCCGACGUCAACGAUUUUGGAAAUGUUGCAUCCGAAUGUUUGUUAUGCAAAAAAGGUUGCUGAAAGCCUCCUUACCGAAAUCGAGAUGCACCAACUUCAACAACUCAAGAGACUGAUGGACUAUGUGGGCCCAAGACGUGCCCAUAAAACGGGACAUGCGGUAAACCAACGCGGGACCCACAUCGGAUUCUGACAAGCACCCACACCCACAACAAAUGCCAACAUUCAGGCUGUGGUAGCAGUCUUAGUUCCAGGCCCAGGUCGCGCCAGUCGGAGUUCCUUUAGCCCUCCGUUUAUGUUGUUGUUUGAAAUCCUGGUCAAUUGUUGCCCUGGGUCAGAGGUUGUGGUGAUAGGCCUAGGACGAGCUUCGCUGUAUCAGCCACCUGACUCCUUUCCCUCCUCCGAUCUUUUUGACUAUGUCCUGAGGCCGAAUCAGGGUGCGGGAGGAUGUGAGUGUGCCGUAGAUGCUGGACAAGUCCACCACCAUUAAAAACUACCUUACACGCUAGUCAUCGUCCCUGUCUCCUCCGCUUCUGGAGCACACAGUGAAUACUGUGUGAACUGACAGCCGAAAUUUCAGCUCUAGGUUAACGUCAGAUCGAGGCAACUGACACCAGCUUCCUCCUUCUCAUAACCUUCGAAUACCACGUCUACUUCGGUGCUUCAUAAAAUAAAAAGCAACUAGAAGAAACGAGUUUGGACGUCUACAGGUCCCGUUAUGGAAAUCAAAAACAGAAGAAGAAGAAGAAGAAGAGGAUGAUGAUGAUGAUGAUGAUGAUGAUGAUGCUGAUGAUGAUGAUGAUGGUGAUGAUGAUGAUGAUGAUGAUGAUGAUGAUGAUGAUGAUGAUGAUGAUGAUGAUGAUGAUGAUGAUGAUGAUGAUGAUGAUGAUGAUGAUGAUGAUGAUGAUGAUGAUGAUGAUGAUAAAGAAGAGGAAGAAGAAGAAGAGGAGGAAGAAGAACCAGAAGAAGAAGAAGAAGAAGAAGAAGAAGAAGAAGAAGAAAGAUAA